GUGCGGCUGUUUACUUACUAGAAAACAUGGAUGCGCCCGAGAACGAUGCGGGAAGCUCCGGUGAAGACGGCGAUAUCUCCUCUGUGAUGGGCUUUUCUGGAUUUGGAAGGAAAGCUCGAACCUUUGACCUGGAUGCCAUUUUUGAGCAGACCAGGAGAACAGCGAUAGAGAGAAGCCAGCGUGUCUUAGAGGAUCGCCAGAAAGAGGACCUAGAAGAGAGCAGCGCAAGUCAAACUGUUACCCAUAAAGAAAAGCCAUCUACCUCCACUGCAAGGAAGUCAGAUACUGGUAGCGACAGCAGUGGGUCUGAUUCUGAACUCAUCGGACCACCAGUACCCCCUGGUAUCGGAUCCAGUAAGGCUGGUGAUGAUGAUGAUGAUGAAGAUUUGGUGGGACCCCCACUGCCUCCAGGAUACAAACACAGCACUACUGUUGACGAUGAUGAUGAUGACGAUGAUGACGAUGAGGAUAUGAACGAUGAUGACGAUGAUAAUCCAGUUAAGAGGAUACCGGAUACUCAUGAAAUCACUCUUCAGCACGGCAAUAAAACUGUUUCAGCUUUAGCUCUCGACCCGUCUGGUGCGCGUCUGGUCACCGGCGGCUUCGACUUCGACGUGAAGUUCUGGGACUUCGCCGGGAUGGACGCCGCGCUGCAUGCGUUCCGAUCUAUCCAACCGUGCGAUUGUCAUCAGAUCAGAUCGUUGCAGUACAGCAUGACUGGUGAUGUCAUUCUGGUGGUUUCCGGAAACUCUCAAGCGAAGGUUCUCGACCGAGACGGCUUCCAGGUUCUCGAAUGUAUUAAAGGAGAUCAGUAUAUCGUGGACAUGUCUAAUACAAAGGGUCACACAGCAAUGCUGAACGACGGAUGCUGGCACCCCAAGAUCAAGGAAGAGUUUCUCACUUGCUCCAAUGAUGGGACGGUUCGUACGUGGGACGUGAACACGGAAAAGAAGCACAAGUCUGUGUUUAAGCCUCGAUCGCUGCAGGGCAAGAAAGUGACGCCCACCUGCUGCACCUACAGUCGGGACGGGAAGCUCAUCGCCGCUGGCUGCCAGGACGGAACCAUCCAGAUCUGGGACAGGAACUUGAGCGUUCAUACCAAGUUUCACUGUAGGCAGGCACACGCUCCUGGAUCGGACCCUUCGUGUGUCACCUUCUCAUACGACGGAGUGACGCUAGCAUCACGCGGAGGGGAUGACACACUAAAGACCUGGGACAUUCGAAACUUCAGGAAGCCUCUCGGUGUGGUUGAGGGUUUGACCUCCUUCUUUCAAAUGACGGAUUGCUGUUUUAGCCCUGAUGAUAAACUCCUCGUAACGGGAACAUCCGUCAAGAAGGACGAGGGCAAUGGAAAACUGCUCUUCUUUGAGAGAGCGUCGCUUACAAAGGUCUACGAGAUCGAAGUGGCCAAUGCGAGUGUCGUUCGCUGUCUUUGGCAUCCCAAGUUGAAUCAGAUCAUGGUUGGAACGGGGAACGGUCUGGCCAAAGUUUAUUAUGACCCGGUCAAGAGUCAGAGAGGUGCCAAGUUAUGUGUGGUGAAGAGUAAGAUGAAGGCGAAAAACGCCGAGACGCUGACGCAGGACUACAUCAUUACACCUCACGCUUUGCCCAUGUUCCGCGAGCCUCGACAGCGCAGCACCAGGAAACAGUUGGAGAAGGACCGUCUGGACCCCGUCAAGAGUCACAAACCAGAGCCGCCCAUGUCUGGUCCAGGUAAGGGUGGGCGUGUGGCUGCCCACGGGGGCACGUUGUCUUCUUUCAUCGUGAAAAACAUCGCUCUGGACAAAAGCGACGACAGCAACCCGAGAGAAGCCAUCCUGAGGCAUGCCAAAGAGGCUGCGGAGAACCCCUUCUGGAUCGCCCCGGCUUAUAAAAAGACGCAGCCAAAGCCUGUGUUUGCUGAGGAGGAGGAUGAAGAAGAGGAAGACAAAGAUCAGCCAGAAUGGAAGAAACGCAAGAUCUGAUGAGAUUCACUCUUCCAGUUUUAGAGGAAUUAAAGUACAUUUGUACUGUCCACUUUUCAACCUUUAUUGUAGUGUGUGCGUGUGUGUCUGUGUGACUGUGUGUCUGUGUGUCUGUGUGUCUGUGUGUCUGUGUGUGUGUGUCUGUGUGUGUGUGUCUGUGUGUGUGUGUGUGUGUGUCUGUGUGUGUGUGUGUGUGUGUGUGUGUGUGUGUGUGUGUGUGUGAGAGAGAGAGAAUAGGGACAUUUAGAAGUAUGAGCAGGAAAACCAGACACCUAGAGAUUUCUAGUAAUGUUGAGAGAUUUUGCUAAUGUGUCAUUUGUUUCGAGCAGACAGUCGAUUUAAUAUUGUCAGUUGUUUUUUUACUGGCCACUUUUGUUUUUGUUCUUUUAGAUAAAAAAAAUAAACGCACUGUGUGAACAAUCUUGGCGAACACCUUUUUCUUUACAUUUUUGAUAACACUGUUGUCCAGUGCUGAUAUGAAGUUAUUUUCAUCGUAUGUGUGUGCUGUUCUUCUCGUGAGUGGUCACAUGUUUGCAUGAUGUCCAGUGUGUAAACAAACAGAAAGACAGAAAGAAUCGGAAUCCGUGCGGCCGCUCUUGCGAUGAGUCAGCGUGGCCUUUAAAUAUUUAGUUGGAAAAACUCUUUGCACAUUUUAGUUUUGUUGUGAAGACCUCAGGCUCUCGUUGAACCUGCCGUUCACAUUUAGGGAAUACAUCAUAUCGUCUUUGAACAUAUCUACACCAAAUAACCACAUUAAUCUAAAAUGUGUCAUUUUACAACUACGAGAACUAAAUUAUAUUUUAUGUGCAUUCUAUAUUAUACUAUGAUUUCUCUUUUUGUGUUUUUAUCAUAUAUGUUUUCCUCAUUUUAGUGACAGUGUUUUGUUGAUAUAAUAACGUCAUAAUGUAAUGAAUAUAAUAAAAUCAUUUCUUCAGAUGGAGUGAAAUGCAACAUGCUCUCAUAUGACAAAAAGAGCUGGACACAUCACAAGUGUUUGCUACAUUAAAAACGUGAACAUGCUUUUUA